GUGGCCUAGCGCUCAACCACCACCCCUGGGCCCUGAGGCUAUGGACAAGUACCAGGUUUUAAAAAAAUUCAAACCCGGUGCCUUGGGGUUGAUGCUGUUGGUGGAGGAAAAAAAAAAGGACGGUUAUGGUGGCAAGAAAUACGUGAUAAAGCAAGUUGAAUGCAUUGAUGAACAGCAAGCGAAUGAUGCCUUUAAAGAGGCAAUGACUCUCUUAAAACUUCAACACCAGAAUAUCCGUUCUUACCAAGAACUAUUUAUCACUUGGGAUAAUAAGAUUUCAUCUCUGUUUCUUUGCUUGGUGAUGCAACACUCAGACAAAGGAGACCUCUCGGAGCUGAUGGAGGCAAAAAGGCGAAAAAGGCAGAAAAUUGAACCUCAGGUGGUGAAGAAAUUCCUGGGGCAAGUGAUGGACACUUUAGCCUUCCUGCACCGCCAAAAUCUUUUCCACAGAAACCUUAAGCCGACGAACAUCUUCUUAGAUGAGGAAAACAACUUCUUGCUGGGAGACUUCGGCAUCAGCACGCUGAUGUGCGAUGAGGCGAAGUGGAAGAUCAGAGCGGAAGAAGAGCCAGACCUGAAAUCCUGGAUGUCUCCCGAAGCGCUGGAGUUCUCAUUCGGCGAGAAAUCUGAUAUCUGGUCUCUCGGUUGCAUCCUGUUAGAGAUGGCUACCUGCUCCUUUCUGAAAAAAGCAGACGCUGUGAAAUUACUGCAGGACGUCCGGAGAGAUCCCAGGAAGUUAGAGACACCUCUGACCAAAAUGAAGCACGUACACGUUGCAGACGCCGACACCCUGGCCACUCUUUUGCCUAUGAUGCUCCAGGUGGAGCCCGAUGAGAGAAUCUCGUUGAGGAAACUGUUGAAAGAGCCCUACGUUCAAGAAGGCUUGAAGGCGGCGGGCUCGUCUCUAUCUUCGUACAGGCAGAGUUUGCCUCCUGCCAUCAUAGACGCGCUCCUGAGAGGAGGACCCGCAAACGUCUUAGAACUCAUGCAGCUCUUCUGGGACAGCCAAGAGGCUCAAGGCAAGGCAAUAAAGCACCUUAUCGCCUUGACCGAAAACCAGAAAGACUUACCGUACGCGAUCGAGCUGAUCAACCUGGUGACCAGAGCCAUGGUGAACCACGAGGAUGUCCUGGAACUGCAGCUGGACGCCUCUAGGUUGCUGUGCAACACCGUCUCUGGAGUCCUGGAGGGUCAGCUUGGGGCCGAGGAACUAGGGGAGGACACGAUCACUCCGCUGAUCAAGACGAUGCGAGCCUAUCCCCAGAACCAGGAGCUUCUCAACUUGCUCUGCCGUUUGCUGAUGAUGAUUUCGACCAAUGAAGCCGCCGGGGAGGUGUUCCGGAAAGCCGGGGUGCUCGCCGACAUCUUGAAGUACAUGGACCAGUUCCCGCAGAACAGGGAGAUCUGCCUCUCCUGCUCUAACCUGGUCUGGAGCCUCUUUGGGAACGCCAACCUCGUGGGGAAGCUGCCCCAAGAAGAGGCCAGCGAGGUUAUCACGAGGGUACUGACGGGUCACUUGCAGGAUGGAGAGGUGGUGGAGUCAGCCUGCUCAGCACUUUGGGUCCUGUCUCUGCAAGGUUGCUUAGGGGAUAAAGAAUUUGAACCUGUAACUCUGCUGCUGCUGAAAAGCCUCCAACUGCACCACGAGAGAACACUGUUGGUGAAGAAUGUGUUCCUGGGCCUGGGCUGCCUGGUGAGGUUGUCAGAACUCGCAGCCCUUCGAGUGAUCCUGACUGAUGACCUGAGCGAUGGUAUCUCCGUGAUCAAGUCCAUCUACGAGUUCUACAAGGACGACCCCGAAGUGGUCGAAACCAUCUGCCUGCUGCUGGCCGAGAUGGUUCAGUACGAGGAGAUUGUGCCCGAGAUGAAGUCCCGCAGCCUGUACGAUCUCUUACGGGAAAUGAAAGCUAGAUUUGCGUCGAGUGAGCAGCUAAUUGCCUAUGUGACCGGGGCACUUGCGACUCUGGAGCAGGAGACGCAGCAACAGCCCGGCCAUCCUAGAUCGACCCCGUGAAGGACGAGGACUCCUCCCCUCCCCUCUUAACAUUCGAAGUCCAGCCGGCUCCCUUAAUCCGGGCGACCGGCUGCCUUUCUUCGGUCGUUUGGACUGUGGAAAGAGUUGCUCCCCCGUGACCCAUUGCUUUAUUUCACCUAUUACUCGGACAUCCAGGUUUAAUAAAGGGCCAUUUUUCCCACCAA